AUGAGAAUUGCUACUGCAAGGAAUUAUCGUUUUAUUAUUGCUGCUUUUGCAGUAAUCAUGGUUAUCCUAUUAGUAGGUUCAUCCUCUAAGAAAGCCAGUGUAUCUAAAGCAAAAUUUGGUACACCAGGUAAUUUGAAACCACCUGUACAACAAAAUUUUGAUGGUUCUGUAGUGAACAAUGUCGAUUCUGGCUUAGACGCUCAACAAGAUAAUGUUGGUAGUACCAGUUUUGGUGAUGAUUCAAAAGUUGCUCCUCCACCUGUUCCACAAUCUCCUCUCGAUGAUGAUGAUGAAGAAUACGAUGAAUUUAAAACAUUGCCAGUUGAUGAUAAGCCAGGUUUUAUUGAUGAUGGUUCGACUGCAAAGGGUAACCCAGCUGUAAAUCAAGCCGUUAAGAACACUCAAUCUGGUGGUAAUUCUUUGAAAGAUACUACUGGUCAAGCUAGUUCUUGUGGUAAAGAUCAUCAAUUCGUUGUUAUGAUAGAUGCAGGUUCCUCUGGUUCAAGAGUACAUGUUUAUGAAUUUGAUGUAUGUUCCCAACCUCCAACUUUAGUUCGUGAAACUUUUGAAAAGGUUCAACCAGGUUUAUCAAAAUAUGAAGACAAUCCUACUGCCGGUGCCAAAUCAUUGGAUGUACUACUAGAAAAGGCAUUAGAAGUUAUUCCCGAAAAGAGUAUGCGUUGUUCCCCAGUAGCAGUCAAAGCUACUGCUGGUUUACGUAAACUUGGUGAAGAAAGUGCUCACAAGAUUCUAUCUGCAGUUAGAGCACAUUUGGAAGAUAAUUAUCCAUUCCCAAUUGUCGAAGAUGAAGGUGUCUCUAUCAUGAGCGGUGAACAAGAAGGUGUUUACGCUUGGAUUACAACAAAUUAUUUAUUAGGUAAUAUUGGUGCAGGUUCCAAGAUCCCAACUAGUGCUAUCUUUGAUCUAGGUGGUGGUUCAACUCAAAUUGUUUUUGAACCAUCAUUUGAAGGUAAUGAAAAAAUGGUUGACGGUGAACAUAAACAUGAAUUAACCUUCGGUGAACAAAAGUAUACAUUAUAUCAAUUUUCACAUUUAGGUUAUGGUUUAAAUGAAGCCAGAAAACAAAUUAAUUCACGUUUAGUUCAAAAAUAUGUUGAUGCUGGUAGAGUUGACCCACACUCUAGAGAACCAAUUACAUUACAACAUGCAUGUUUAGCACCAAAUGAAAAUUUGAUUGCUGAAGAAGUUACAUUAAAAUCUGGUGAUGUGAUAUUAGUUAAUUUUGAAGGUGUCGCUACCGCUAAUCCAAAGAACUGUAAGAACUUAAUCAAAGGUAUUUUGAACAAGGGUAAGCAAUGUACUCAAAAACCAUGUUCAUUUAAUGGUGUACAUCAACCAUCAUUAGUUCACACUUUCAAAGAAACCAAUGAUAUGUAUGCAUUCUCCUACUUCUUUGACAAGACUAACCCAUUGAAUAUGCCAGAAGCUUUUACAGUUCAAGAAUUAAUAGACCUAGCAGCAACUGUUUGUGGUGGUGAAGAAGUUUGGGCAAAGGAAUUUUCCGACUCACCAGAAGCCAUGCGUAUUUUGAAGAAAGAACCAACAUUGUGUAUGGAUUUAACAUAUGAAGCUUCGUUAUUACACGAUGGUUACGAUAUCCCAUUAACAAGAGAAAUUAAAACAACUGAAAGAAUUGAUAACAAAGAAAUCGGAUGGUGUUUAGGUGCUUCAUUGCCAUUAUUAGAUGGUUCUAACUGGAAAUGUAAAGUGAAGGAAAUCGAAUAG